UUUCUCAGAAACAGGAAGCCAGGGAUCUCAACAGAACCUUCAGUCUCCAAACUCUGGCUAGUCCAUAAGUGUGACGGAGCAGUUAACACUCCAUUAAGCCUUGUCCCAUUCUGAAAAGCUGAUACAGAACAAUGGCAGUGACAACCACAUUGACAUGGAAUGGGGAAAGAAGUUUUCAAAAGCUGCUUGGAAAUGUUUCUCUGAGACUUCUUUAUAAGUCUAGUGUCCAUGGAGAAAACACUGUAGAAAUGCAGAAUAGGUGCUGUUGUCAAGGACCCAUUGUAACAGUGAUUUAUCAUUCCAACAAUAUUUUUGGUAUCUUUAUGCGUGGGCAUAGUUCUGAAAAGUCCAAAAGUUUUAUAGAGCCAAAUGAUUCCUUCUUUUUUUCACUUCAAAAGAAUGAAACAGUGGAAAUGAAAACUGUAGUUUUAAAUUCAACAGUGACAAUUUCUUAUAAUACCUCGGAAUUCAAUAUCUCUAGUUAUGACAAACAAUAUUUGGUUCUAAAUUUCAGCACAAAAUGCAUUUGUAUAGCUAGAGAUUUAGAGCAAGAGUUAAGAGUAAAAUGUAACCCAAUGUUCUCAAGUUUAGAAUGUGAAGUUUUUCGAGUUGAAGGAAUUAAGGAUGAGGCAGGCUACAUAAACAGGAUAACAAGAGCCACACAGCACAGAAAUAGGCUCCUAGCAGAUGUCAGAGCCUACAGUCCCUAUGCAGACUUGGUUUCAGAAAUCCGUAUUCUCUUGCUGGGUCCGGUUGGGUCUGGAAAGUCCAGUUUUUUCAAUUCAGUGAAGUCCAUUUUCCAAGGCCAUUUGACUCGCCAAGCCAUAGUGGGAUCUGAUGUCACCAGCAUUACUGAACAGUAUAGGAUAUAUUCUAUUAAAGAUGGAAAAAAUGGCCAGUCUCUGCCAUUUAUGUUGUGUGACUCCAUGGGGCUGGAUGAGGAAGAGGGAGUAGGGUUAUGUGUGGAUGACAUACCCCACAUCUUAAAAGGCUGUGUGCCAGACAGAUAUGAGUUUAGUCCCCAAAAACCAAUUACACCCAAGCAUCCUACUUUCAUCACCUCUCCAUCACUGAAAGACAGGAUUCACUGUGUGGCUUAUGUCUUUGAUAUCAACUCUAUGGACAAUCUCUCCCCUAAAAUGAUGGCGAAGCUCAAACAAAUUCAAAAAGAAGUAAUAAACUGUGGUGUAGCACAAGUAGCAUUACUUACUAAAGUGAAUAAUUGCAAUGAAGUUCUUCAAGACAACUUCUUAAAUAUGAAUAAGGCUAUGAUUUCUCAAAGCCAGAUACAGAAUGUCAACAAGAUACUAGGCAUUCCUCUUUCUAGAAUAUUGGUGGUUGAAAAUUAUGCUUCAGGGAGGGAGAUGGACCCUUUAAAGGACAUUCUGAUCCUCUCUGCACUGAAGCAGAUGUUCCGAGCUGUGGAUGACUUCUUAGAGGAUUUGCUUCUUGAGUAAACAGAUACAACUGCAGGAAUGUUCCAGCUCUGCCUCAGUUGACUUGAUUCAGACACUUGGCCCGAGCUGGAGUUGCCAACAGCCUCUUUGAGACUCUGCUUCUACUUGUGUUUCACUUUCUGUCCCUGACAACAGUUAACUGAUGGUUUCUUCUAAGAUCAGUCAUACCUCAAGUACAAAGGCCAACCUUGAGCAGCUGUAGACCAACAUAUGUUCUAUUGCAAACCACCUUUUGUAUUUUUGCACUAUUUACAAAUUAAUUUCUAUGACAUCUUUGACUAUAUCCUCAACAAAGUUAACUACUCCCUUACUUACUUGUCUUAAUUGUUUCAACACUUAGUUUAAAACUCAGUGUCAGUAAUAACCACACUGAAUAUAAAAUGGUUAUAGAUAUCUGCUUCUCUAAAUAGUGAGCUUCUCAAGAAGCAGGGUUUGGAUUUUGCUUAUCUUUGUAUUCACAGAAAUUCGCACACUGCCUGGAAGGGUGCAAGCAUACCUGCUAUUAAGCAUAUCUCCCAAUCUCCCCGGUGUGAUAACGUGUAUUUAAAAAUUUCUCCUUAUGAAAAGGAAGACUGUGAGAGAAUGAAAUGCUGGAGAUAAAUAAAGGAAGGAGAACGUAUCGCUUAGCUCUGGAUGAAAAUAUGAAUUUAAGUUAAUUAAAAGAAACAAGUGUUCUCAAGAGAUUAACAUUUCUUUUCUGUGAGAAAAACACAAACAUUUUUCCUAUAAUGAACCCAUGCUUGAUUUUCAUUGAUUGAAUUCCAAACCACCCUAGCCACAUUUCCAAAGCAGAGUGAUCAAAUAAGGUUACUGCUGCUGCUGCUGCUGCUAAGUCACUUCAGUCAUGUUCGACUCUGUGUGACCCCAUAGAUGGCAGCCCACCAGGCUCCCCCGUCCCUGGGAUUCUCCAGGCAGGAACACUGGAGUGGGUGGCCAUUUCCUUCUCCAAUGCAUGAAAAUGAAAAGUAAAAGGGAAGUCUACUAGUGCAAGUCAAUUAUAAGGUUCUUUUAUACAAGUACUCCCAAAUGAUUCUAAAGUUCACUGGAUAGCUGGAGAAGUUAGAACUAUUAGUAAAGAAAGAUGAAGAAUCAA